GGGAACAGAGACCAGGGUGGUCAGGAGUGAAGCAGAGAGAACAAACAGGGAAGGGUGCCAGCUUACUUUCUUCCAGGGCGCACACGUAGGUUCAAGAUUUGCAGGGCAGACACAGAGCUUUGAGGAAGUCUCUCACACCAGACUGCAAAUUCUGCCCCACCUCUGCUCGCUCCGCCCCAUGGGCAUGGCCACUAACAGCAGCUAUUAAAGCCAUAGGCGUCUUUGCACUAGAGCUGCAAACUCCUGGAUCCUCCUUCCUCUCCUCCUUCGCCUUCCCCUACCUCUACCAGAGCCACCAUGUCAUCCGUUCGGCCCGCCACUGUGCUGGGUUGCAUGGCGAUGGGGGGUCGCAUGGAUCAGACCUCCAGCGCAGCGUCGGUGCAAGCUUUCCUGAAGCGCGGCCACACGGAGUUCGACACAGCCUUUGUGUACACGGAAGGCCGGUCUGAGACAAUCCUGGGCAGCCUGGGGCUCGGGCUGGGUCGCAGUGGCUGCAAAGUGAAAAUAGCCACCAAGGCUAUUGGAACGCUUGGGAAGACAUUGAAGCCUGAUGACGUCCGGUUCCAGCUGGAGACUUCACUGAAGCGGCUGCAGUGUCCCCGGGUGGACCUCUUCUACUUACACUACCCAGACCAGAACACCCCUAUAGAGGAGACGCUGCAGGUCUGCCACCAGCUGCAUCAGGAGGGCAAGUUUGUGGAGCUUGGCCUGUCCAACUAUGCCUCCUGGGAAGUGGCUGAGAUCUGUACCCUCUGCAAGAAAAAUGAAACUGACCCCCAUGUCACUGUCCCCCACCCAUUCAGGUACUGGAAGGAUGAAUACUUCAAGGGCAUCGCUCUGGUAGAGAAGGCUUUGAAAUCUAGCUAUGGCACCAGCACCCCCAGUAUGACCUCUGCCGCCCUGCGGUGGAUGUACCAUCACUCACAGCUCAAGGGCUCCCAUGGGGAUGCGGUCAUUCUGGGCAUGUCCAGUCUGGAGCAAUUGGAGCAGAACUUGACCUGCGUUGAAGAAGGGCCCCUGGAGCCGGCUGUCGUGGAGGCCUUUGACCAAGCCUGGGACCUGGUUGCUCAUGAUUGUUCCAACUACUUCCACUGGCUCUGACAUGGGGAGGUGUAGAGGUCACUGCCUGUCAGGCUGUGUUCCAGCCUGGCUAGUCUGGGCUGUGAGCCGAGUCAGCUGCUCUUUCCCUCCUCAUCCAGAUCUCCUCCUGUUGAAUAAAACCUGCCAUGGCUGUAGCUCAGGCUGCAGCAGACCUGGUGGCCUUAUUCUUUGAAA